AUGCUCGGAGCCGACGGCCGCGACGAUGAGGACCUGACGCCUGUUGGGGUGCAGAAGAAGCCGACGAGAAAGAAAGGCCAGGCCAAGAGCAGGUUGCCGAAGAAGGUCAAGAAGGCCGGCUUCAACCGCAAAGGCGGCAGGCGCAAGAGGAAUAAGGUGGCCAAGAUCGCGAAGAAGGCCAAGGAGAUGGAGGAGGCGGCAACCGAGCCGUGUCGCCACGGCUCCUACGACCUCAGGGCGCUUGGCAUCCCGAAGGACGCGCUGCCCCAGGGGGACAAGGCAAACAAAGGAGCACACUCGUAUACGGUGGCUUCGCCGGGAAACGAGUGUGCCGUGGAGGUGUUGCUGAGGAACCGCGCUUUCUACAGCAAGCGGCUUGCGACGGGUGCUCCGGGCCCCCGAGGACAGGUCGGGUGGGCUACUUUCCACGGCAUCGAAGCCGCGUGGUCCGAAGUGAAGAAAAGGGUCGGAUGGAAUGAUCAGUGA